UGUCUGGAGCCGGGAGAGGUUCCGAGAAGAAGAAAGCUAGGGGCGCGAGCGCAGGUUUCUGCCGCGGCGCGCGAACGGAGCUAGGGGAGCAGCAUCCUCGGUGUCCACUUAGGAUCGCAGCUGCACUGACCGACAUGUGAAGGAGGAAAGCCCCUCGCAUCAUCUGUCGCCGCCUCCAAAAGGGUCCCAGAGCGCUCGCCGAGGCCGACAUCCGGAGCUGCUUUGCCAGCAGCGGUGUGGGACGGGAGCGGCUAGCACACCGGCUCGCAGGUUCCAGGCUCGCACUCUAGGAAGAGCGCAGCGGAGACCACCGCCUCGCUCGCACUCGGCACAACUCCGGGGCCGGCAGAGCGCUGCUGGACCGCGUCCAGAUUCCCGCCGACUUCAACCAGAGUGACCCACAGCUCCAGCCCGUCCCUCUGCACCGCCUAGAGUUCCAGAUUAACCGGAAUCUGCGCCGACCCGCACGCCCAGGUCCCCGCAACGCCCCGGGCUGGAUGGAGAGCGCGCCUGCCGCUGCUCCCUAACUGCUGACGCCGCCGUCCGAGCCGCACACCGAGGUCCCUCCUACACCGAGGCUAGUCCUUUUUGGGGGUUUUGGGGGUGCCCUAGACGCUGGGGAGCGCGCACCAUGAAGUCGGCGCUGUGCAGCCGCUUCUUCAUCCUCCUGCCCUGGAUCCUGAUCGUCAUCAUCAUGCUGGACGUGGAUCCCCGCAGGCCCGCGCCCCAACUCACUUCGCGCCCCUACUUCUCUCCCCACACAGUGGGCUGCGGGGGCUCCCGAGUCCCGCUCCGACGGAGCAGCCUAGGGCGUGACGCUGCCGAGAAGCGCAACGAGUCCCGGCCUCCGCUGCAGCCGGAGCCGCGGUUGCCCACCAUCUAUGCCAUCACGCCCACCUACAGCCGCCCGGUGCAGAAAGCCGAGCUGACCCGCCUGGCCAACACGUUCCGCCAGGUGGCGCAGCUGCACUGGAUCCUGGUGGAGGAUCGAGCCACACGCAGCGAGCUGGUGAGCAGCUUCCUAGCGCGGGCCGGGUUGCCCAACACGCACCUACACGUGCCCACGCCGCGGCGCUACAAGCGACCGUGGCUGCCGCGCGCCACCGAACAACGCAACGCGGGACUCGCCUGGCUGCGCCAGAGGCACCAGCACCAGAGCGCGCAGCCCGGAGUGCUCUUCUUCGCCGACGACGACAACACCUAUAGUCUGGAGCUCUUCCAGGAGAUGAGGACCACCCGCAAGGUUUCUGUCUGGCCUGUGGGCCUUGUUGGCGGGCGACGCUAUGAACGACCACUGGUGAAAAAUGGCAAAGUUGUUGGCUGGUACACCGGGUGGAGAGAAGACAGGCCUUUUGCCAUCGACAUGGCAGGAUUUGCCGUGAGUCUGCAAGUCAUCUUGUCCAAUCCUAAAGCUGUAUUUAAGCGCCGUGGAUCCCAGCCAGGCAUGCAAGAAUCUGACUUUCUAAAGCAGAUAACAACAGUUGAAGAAUUGGAACCAAAAGCUAGUAACUGCACCAAGGUUCUCGUGUGGCACACUCGGACAGAGAAGGUCAAUCUAGCCAAUGAGCCAAAGUACCACCUGGACACAGUGAACAUUGAGGUGUAGACGCCAAGACACAGGUGUAGAAGAGGAAGUCUGGAAUUUAGGCUGCAGCUCAUUCAGGUAUUGUUCCUUUCCUUCAGCCCUUCCUGUCAGCCGAUGGACAUCUGUUUAGACAGCUAACUGGAUGCUACAAAAUGUGUUGUCUUCAUUUGUUCUGCAUGUGUUCUCUAAAGCUAAUUGGGAAGAUAUUUGUACACUGAAGCUACAGGACACUGGGGAAAAUUCUGAGUAUCUCCUGUCCUGCUGCUC